CAGGGGUGUGGAAUUGUCUUUGCAUACGAGGACUGUUCGCUUCGAUUCGUCGGGCGUAGUCUAUCGGUGCAUGUGUGCGUUCGCGUGCGGCAUUUCCCUCUUCCCACCAACCCAAACACAUUUUAAAUAGGGUCAAGUGGCUUUGUCUAUGCAUACGAGAACUAUUCGUCUCCAUGCGUCGAGCGUAGUUUAUCGGUGUAUUUGCACGUUCGCCCAUGUGCGUGCGGCAUUGCCCUCCUUGACCCGCCUACCCAAAAACCAUAUAAACGUUUCCAUUGACCAGACAUUGCAUACCACAAAAACCUGCAUAACCCAAAAAGCAUUUGAUCACAAGGGUCCAGUGGCGUUUUUUGCAUACGAGGACCGUUCGCCUUGAUACGUCAGGCGUGGUUUAUCGGUGCAUUGUGCGUUCGCGUGCGGCACCAC